AGAAAUGGCUCAUCGGCAGCCAAUUGCGCAGUCAACUAACCUGAACCACCAACCACGCGGCAAGCAGUCCUCUCGGCGUCUGCAGCAAAUGACGGUCUUUCUGGCGGCGCGAGUGCCGGAUCGGAACAGACGGGUCGGAUUUGACGGAUCGUAACAGUUCCGGAUCAGACGGCCAGUGACGCGCGCUAUCCCGGAUGAGUCAGCGGGAAUAGGCGACGCGUGGGUCAUGAUCGGAUUUUAGUAAAUUAUUACCACAUAGACUCCGAUCAGCCACUAAUCUGCUAUUCUAGGGUCCAGAAUACCGUUUUUUUAGACCUAUUGCCCGCCUGUAGACCAUCAUCAUGAUCCUCACUGGUUGAGUACAACGCGGCCAAUAAGCCUAUCAUAGUGUAACGGUCGACAAUAACAACGGCAGCAGCAGCAGCAGCAGCAGCAGCAGCAUCGGUGGUUGAGAAUGGCGGCUGCUGCUGGUCGAAAUCGAACGGCCGAUGGCGGCGGCACUUCCGCGCGUCGCCCCUCGCACGCGAGGUCGCAGACUAAAAUAUUCUGGCUCUCGCUGCUCCUCUUAAAAUUUCCGACAACGGCUGUGCAGACAAUAGCAGCGUUCGAGUCGGUUCAGAAGCGCUCUGCCGCACGUCGCGAGGCCAAGGCGCGGUCUAGGAUCAUCUGGCUGUUCACGCAGUACCUGCUCUCGCUGCUCGCGGGGCAGCCGCCGCCGCCGACGCCGGCGCAGACGGAGCGGCCGCGGCUGAUCCUGCUGCCGGCCAACGCGCUCGGAGCGACAUGCCUCGACGGCAGCCCCCCAGGGUACUAUUUCCGCCCGGGCACGGGGGCCGGCAAGAGGAUGUGGCACAUCUACCUGCCGGGAGGGGCGUGGUGCGGCUCUGCUGCCGACUGUGUCGCCAGGAGCAAGACAUGGCUUGGCAGCAGCACGUUCUACCCGGACGACCCAAACAGUGAGGUCAUCCGCCCCCCUUUUAACGGCAUGCUCAGCAGCAACAGCACCCACAACCCGCCCUUUUACAGCUGGAAUCUCGUCCGCCCCAUCUACUGCGACGGGGGGGGGUUCGCAGGGACGACGGGGAGGCUGGACGUUGGGAAUGGCACGGGGCUGCACCUGAGUGGGUGGAAGAUCAUGCGCGCUAUUAUGGCAGAUCUGAAGGCGAAUCGCGGGAUCAAAUCUGCAGCGCAGAUCCUCCUCUCGGGCAGCUCAGCGGGCGGCCAGGCUGUCAUAUCUCUCUGCGAUCGCAUCGCCGCUGCCUUUCCCUGGGCGCCCACCAAGUGCAUUGCUGACUCGGGCUUCUUCAUAGACUCCAAGGACCGCUGGGGGGGCUUCACGUGGCGCGGCGUGGCCAAGGGCGUGGUUGACAUGCACCGGCCAAAGUGGUCCUCCUCAUGCAUGGAUGGCCUCCCGAAGUAUGACCAAUGGAAGUGCUUCUUUCCGCAGUACACUCUUUCGAGCGUCACCACACCGAUAUUCAUUUCCCAGACUUUGUUUGACUAUCACGCAUUUCAAAUCGGCGGAAUUUUACCUUGGAACACGACCUACACUUACCAGUGCUUGCGCGAGGUGAUUCGGACGAGCAAGAAUGUUACAAGUGUCAUUCAACGGAAAGAGUGGAGCAAGAUUGCAUGGAAAACGCAACACUGUACGCCGUUGGAGAGAGCUGCACUGUUUACGGCUGCUUCGAUACUACUUGAAGCCCUAGGGAGCAUAAUUGGAAGUAAAGAUACUGUAGCUGCUUUUGUUCCAGCUGGAAUAGUGCAUGGGAUGGUUAUGUUGCCCGCAUGGAAAAACCCAUGGGUCCAGGGAGUGUCUCUGGAAAGAGCAGUCGUGGAGUGGUUUGCCAAUGUACCGUCUGAAAGAUUUAUACACAGCUAAUGAAGUU